UCGAUAGUUUUUGCCCAAUCCUAGUUCAUUUAAUUUUUAAAACUUUUUCAUUGUUUUGGUUUUAUUAUUUAAUUAUUUCUUUGAUUCUACAUCGUAAAAAUUGUAUUUAGCAAAUACUUUCUUUAACAAUUAUAAACAUCAAAUAUUGAAAAUAACGAAUGUAUUAUAUUACGGAGAUUUUAACAUGAGUAAUAUGAAAUGUUGCCGGACAUGCCUUACUACAAGAGAUCUCAAUUCAAUUUUUCUUAUUCCGAGUAAAAGUGAUAAUUAUUCGCACAUAUUAAAGUUAACGACUGGUUUGAAGGUCAGUAAUAUUACUAAAAAUUUGAGACUGGAAAUUCAUAAUCAAUUCCACCGAGAUAGUUAGUUCUUUGGAUUAUAUCUUGGUCAAAUAUGUAUAUAUUAGACAAUAUCUUUUUAUUCUGUGCUAAGAUCAUAAAUUAAUAAACUGAAAUGAACUUAAAUAAUUAGUGUGUAGUGGAGUCUGAAACUAUCAAGUUAAUUUAUUCUUACAACAGAUAAAUAGAAAACUUUUAAUUUUUAUAUCGACAGUAAUAAAUUGUGUGGAAAUCAAAAUGAUCAGUUUUUUAAUUCAUUGUACAUGUCUUGAAUAGUUGAUCUUUUGACUCAAAUAGUUAAUACUCAUAUUUCUUUUUUUAUUUCAGAUUCAUAUGAAUGAUAACUUACCACAAGUGAUGUGUAAAUCUUGUAUAAAUAUCGUUAAUGAACACAUAAAUUUCUUACACCAAUGCAAAAUGAGUCACUUAAUACUACUAAACAGAAUGCAUUUUGUGUCAAACACAGAAGGAUCAAACGAAAAUAAUGACAUAAACAUGCAUAAAGAAACCAAUGAUGAAGAUGAAAACAUAUUAAAAAGUAAUGAAAAUGAUAUGGAUGAAAAAUCAAAUAAUUACUGUAAUAACAAUGGUAUAAGUAGGUCAGCUGAAAAUUUAGGUAUAUUUGAGUCAACAGUUGAAGAUUUAUUAAAAAAACAACUAGACAUCAAGGUUAUAGAUUAUGUGCCAAGGAAAAAAGCCAAAUUAGUUUAUGAAGAAACUGAUGUUAUUACACUUAAAAAGCAUAAUGAUGAGAAAAAAGAUACUAUUGGACCGAUAGAAUGUAAAUAUUGUAAGAAAAUACUUAAAACAAAAAACUCCUUGAGCAGCCACUACAAAAUUCAUUAUGGACCCAAUAUUGUAUGUGAGCAUUGUGGCAAGAAAUUUAUGAGUAAGCGACGGCUGCUGAUGCACUGCAAGUCCAAGCAUGGCUAUGAGAAAACCGACAAAUGUUCUUACUGUGAAUACAAGGGAAGCAAUGCGGAACUCGUUAAGAUUCACGAACGCACGCACACGGGGGAGCGGCCUUACGUUUGCUCGCGGUGCGGCGCCGCAUUUCACAGACGAUCCACUUACUUGCAACACAUGCCUAUACACUUGACUGAAAAGACAGUGCCGGUAUGCUUAUAGUAAAUUCUAAAAUAGCUUUAUUGCUAUUCUUUUAUUUUACACUACCACAAUAUGUCAAAUUUCCGCUAGGAAUUUUGUACUCUAAUCUCAAUACAUUAGGGUUUAAAUUCAAAUGGAGAAAGGAGAAUUUUUAUUUUGGUACUUUAUUCUGAAAAAUCUAACCAAUAUAAAGAAAAUUAUCAUAGCACAUAGACUCAAUCCUUUAUCUUUCAACAAAGUUUCGGGCCUGAAAGUUCCCCCGUUUUAGAGAAUUAAGUUAAAAAAAAUGGUAUUGAUUUUCUAGAAACACUAGUAUUUAUUUAUUUAUUUAUUUACCGACACAAAAUGCCUGAUUUGUUGUUAAUUUGUCACUUUCAGGAUAUGUGAACGGGAUAUGUGAUUUUUUCUAAUCUCAAAAAUUAUCUUGUUUCCAUUACUAUUAAAUUAUUAAGUUAUCAUUAUUAUUAUAAGACCGUAGCUUUUUUUUUUAUUUAUAAUGUAUUAAUCUGGUAAUGACAUGGUUUUUGUGAAUGUCAUUACAACUAUUAGAGCUGGUGAGUUUCUUGCUCGUUCUUCUUAACAGCCAAAAGACGUCCAGAACGAAUGGUAGGGAAAAAAUGUUGGACGAUUCAAAAGUACUUUUAAGAAGUCUAUUUCAAUAAAGAUUAUUUUAACUUUGACUUUAACGAUUAAGUGUUUUGGGUGUUACCCCAAAGCACCUUAUAUUAACUUAGUUCCUAAUAGAUGAAUCAUAUAUCAAUAAAAGGAAAAUAGAGUUCAUAAUUUGUUAAAUAUGUAUUUAUUAUAAUAAGCCACGCGCAAAAUAGACUCAAACUGGGUCUAAACUCCGUUGACGAACUUCGAUUCAUUUAAAAUAUCCACGUAUUUCACAUUUAAAUGUCUGAAAUGACCAAUAAUUAAUAGCAAAUACAAAUAAUGAUUCCACAUUGUCCAAAUAGAUUAAUUCAUAGCAUGGAUUGGAACGUAACUUAGGGACGGGGUUGCCAUAGAUUUUCUUAUUGCACUUAUGUGUUGCUACAUAGAUUAUAAAAUAUCCACCAAAUGAUGCUCAAAUCAGAAAAUAAACAUUUUGGCGGUGUCUAAAAAAAUGAUGUGUAAGGUUUAUUUAUUAUCUAUCGAUUAAUAUAUACUUUAUGCUUGGUUAGAGAUAAUUUGAAUAAAGUACUAGCCUCCAUAUAAAAAAAAAGUUCUCCUUUGACAGUUUUGUAUAGACAAUUAUGUGUUUCUGAAGAUUACAGACUCAAAACUGUUUAAUAAUAUUGAACCUGCUAGUUAGCAUUAAUGACACAUAUUUCAAGGUCAACUAUCGAUCAUUAAACUCGCCAUUAAAAGAACGAUAUCAGAUUAGUCAGAAUACGGUUAUAGUAGUCCUUUUUUUUAUUAAUGGUGACAUGAGUUUUAUAUUUUGUUUUUCCAAAUUGUCUUGAGAGUUAUAAUCUACAGAUUUCAAAUUAACUGUUAAUUCUAUCAAAUAUUUCGUUAAUGUAAUAACAUAAGUAAUGUUUUUUUUUCCAUUAGUGCCCUGAUUGUCCUGCGCUAUUCAAAUCGGUUACGCUGAUGAGAAUCCACAAGAGUCGACAUAAAAGAAGAGCAAAACGCGACAUAAUACGCACAAUAACAUAAAUGAAUAUACCUAUGUCUAAGGUAUAAUAAUAUUAUAUGACAGAACUUCUUGGGGUGGAUGAGUUACAUAUAUUGGACAACUUUUACUAUGGGACCAACACUGAAUUCACGGUCAAAUAAUCAGUGGUUUCACACAAAAUUGUACUAGCUACAAUCGCGAACAGUAUGUAAAGCGUCCAUCUCACGAUAUCCUGGCACAUUAUAAUAUAAUAAAAUGAUAUUAAAAACCACAAAUGUGUAUUGCUAUAGUGAAAUUGACAGAAGAGGUUUUAAGCCGCAUUAGAGAUUGAAUCAGUGGCGU